UUGCUCAGAGAAGCUCAUAGAGCAAUUCUUAUUUAUAUUUAGAAUAAAUUCUUACAUUUCACAGCAAUGCCCCCGCGUUAACAGUUAGAAUAUGGAUUUGUCGCCAGCUGAUGAAAUGACGCCAUUAGGAAAUGAUGGCAACCCGCAAGAAUAUAAGGAAGAAAACAUAACAUAUAAUAGGAAACAUAAAAAGCAUGGGACGAGAAAGACCGCUAAGCAAUUUUGGAUAUUCAAUAUAUGUUUUUUGCUGGCUUUUGCGCCAUACCUCUCAAUUCUGGGUUUACAAAGCAGUAUCAACAUCGAAGAAGGCAUUGGAACACUUUCCUUGGGAGUGGCUUAUGCAUCGUCAAUUAUUUUUGCUUUAUUUAUAACUCCCAUUGCUGUUAGAAGAUUGGGGUCACACCGAGCAAUUGUCAUUGGCGAAUUGGGAUAUUUGAUUUACAUUUUGGCUAACUUCUACCCCAAAUCUUACAUCAUGAUAAUCGCUGGCGCUAUAGUUGGGUGCGGUGAGGCCUUGGUGUGGACGACAUUACCAAUGUAUUUCUGGCAUUUUGGGUAUCAACAUGGAGAGUUUGGAACCAAACCGUUUGAAUCAUAUGUUUUGAAGUAUACUGGCCUAUUUUACACGGUGUUUCAAUUGGGUCAGAUUUUUGGCAGUUCCGUCAGUUAUGGCGUGUUAUAUGGAUUCAAAAAUAAAACACAAGAAAUCUCAUCCUACAAUUCAUCCUCCGAUCUUUUGCAUGAAAACGAAACGGAGAUGAACCUAAAAUCACACCUUCAGUAUCAAUAUUGUGGAGCAAACGAUUGUCAAAGUCCAAAUGUUACCAGCGAAAACAUCGAUAGCUACGUUCCGGCCGACCCAUACUCAUUGUAUAUCGUAAUUUCUAUAUUUUGCGCAAUCUCUCUCAGUGGAAUUUGCCUUCAUUUUAAAUUUCUUCCGAGAGCCAAGUCAAAGCCACUAGAAAUUGAAUCUAAUGAUCAAAAUGUAUUGCACCAAAAAAAGGAUACCGACGAUUCAAGUGAGAUCAUUAUCCAGAACACAAACUUCUCGUAUGUAUCGACACUCAGGCAAACUUGCAAGCAUUUUUUCAACCCGAAACAGUUGCUGGUAUCACCUAUUUUGUUUUACAUUGGAAUAUUCAUUGCCUUCAUAUACAGUGAAAUGAGUAGAGCGUACAUUUCGUGUGUGCUUGGGGUCGAGCAAAUGGGUGCCGUAUUGAUUGUUUACGCAUUUGUCAGUGGCUGUAUUUCAGCAUUAUCGCCAAGAAUAAUCUCUAAAUUCGGUAGAAAUAUUGUAAUGAGUAUCGCAUGCUUGAUAGACAUGUCAAACUUUAUAUUCUGUUUGCUGUGGAAGCCACAAGAUGAUACAAAGUACCUUGUAUACUUGGUUGGUGUUAUGUGUGGCCUUUCUGAUGGAACGUGGAGGAACUGCACCAUGGAUUUUUACACGGAAUAUUUUCUACAUAAUCAAGAAAUUUCUUUCACAAUCUGGAAUUUUUGGAUAACGCUUGGAAUAGCCGUUGCAUUCUUUUGGAGUCCCUAUUUAUGUGUCAGUGUGAAACUUUACAUUCAAAUCGGACUUCUUAUAUUUGGUAUAAUGUGCUAUGUGGGAGCGGAGUAUAUCCACUAUAAAGAGAAGAAACUUGUUGAAAAAAGAAGAUUAUUCAAUGAAUGAAUAUUAAGUAUUGAAAUUCUGUUGCAGUCGUCACAUAAACCUUUUAAAAACAAUUAUCCCGAAGCCACAAUAAAAGCUAACUAUAUCCUCGUCAGAAACCAGCAAAAUAUUGACAAAAAAAAUACAAUUAUAAAUUUUCCAAAGAAGUCUAUGAUUGCCUGUUUAUACUUUAUUGUAUACACUUAAAAUGCUUUCAGUUAACUUUAAUAAAUAUCGUGUAUCAAA